GACGAAGAUUAAACAUUCUUAUUUCCGUUCCAGAGAUUGCAUCCUACAGAGUUAAUCUCGAUUUGGGAGUUGUGGGGAGCACUGUGUUCAGUUCUGUAAAGUAGAAGUUGUGUGAUUACCAUCUGUGUGUUACAGGAAAUUAACAGAUGAAGGUAAUUUCCAAAAAAGGCAUUGGCAGUAACUGGAAAUGGAGUCUACUUCACAAAUUCUGAUUACAGUCCUAAGUCUGUUUGCUUCUAUUCAGCUGUGCACUUCAGGUAACAUAACGAUAAGACUAGCGGAUGGCUUCAGGUGUAGUGGGAGACUGGAGAUUUACAGUGGCUCAAACUGGAAGUCUGUUUGCAGUACAAACCUGAACAUGAACCAUGCAAGAGUAGCUUGCAGACAACUAUCCUGUGGUGUUCCAGUGUCUAUAUACACUCGGGCAUAUUUUGGUGCCAGUGAUGGUGAGAAUGUGGCCUUAAACCUUCAGUGCAACAGGACGGAAUCUGCUCUUUCAGACUGCUCUCCAUCUGAUCCACAAAUUCAGACAUGUUCUCAGGCUGAGAGCAUUAACCUGGAAUGCUCAGGUCCAUUGCAGUUGUGGAUUGGAAACCAUGGAGACCAGGACAGCUGUGCAGGUGUUGUAUAUGUAUCUUCUUCCAGUACUUUUGGCUACAUUUCAGGAGAAGGAUGGAAUAUUGAUGAUGCUAAUGUUGUAUGCCGCCUCACAGGAUGUGGAUUUGCAUUAAGUGCUGCUUCCAUUUCCCAUAAUGAUCUUUACUAUAAUAGCCUUCCGUUAAAUUUGGGAUGUUUAGGGACAGAAUAUAAUUUAGAGGACUGUCCUGGCAUCUCGUUGAUGAGAAAUACCAACCGUAAUUCAACUAUUGGUCAAGUGGUUUGCUCAAAAGAUAACCUCUCACUCCGCCUGGUAAAUGGUAGCACACUUUGCAGCGGAAGACUAGAAGUUUAUAACGGACUCAGCUGGGUAACCGUUUGCAGAAGUAACUGGACCAUGAACCAGGCAAAGGCAGUUUGUGCACAACUAGGCUGUGGAUUUCCAGUUCAAGUAUAUAGUGAUGCUCAUUAUGGACAAGGAUAUGGAGAUAUCUUUCCACGGGAUGUUUUAUGUUCUGGAAAUGAAACCUCUCUUAUGGACUGUGAUUUUACUCAGCCACGUCCGUCAAGCUGCACACAUGACCAGGAUGUCAGUAUCAUCUGUUCAGGAUUGAGACUGGCAAAUGGUCCAAGCCGUUGCAGUGGCUUAGUGGAAGUGAAUGAUGGCUCUCAGUGGGGCUCAGUCUGCAGUACUGAUUGGGACAUAGAGAAUGCUAAUGUAAUCUGCAGACAUCUAAGGUGUGGAAGUGCCCUGUCAGUCCAGACACGGAACUUGUAUGGUGAAAGUCAAGGACCUGUUCUGUUGGAUGGCAUGUAUUGCAAUGGGUCAGAAAAAUCUCUGUCGCAGUGCUCUGCUAGCCAGUUUGGAAGCUAUAUCUGUGACACAUUACAGGUGGCAGCAGUGGAGUGUUCAGGAGAAUAUUUCGGAUCGUUUAAAAUAAGAAUGAGAGCAGAAGGCAGUCAAUACACUGGUGGCCAAGUGGAGAUAUACUCUUUUAACCAGAGUACCUGGGGAACAAUUUCUGGAAGGCACUGGGACAUCAAUGAUGCACAGGUAUUGUGCAAGAGUUUGGAAUAUGGAUUUGCACUAGCAGCCUAUAACAGCUCAGAAUAUUUAAGACAAAACGGCCCUGUGUGGUUUGAGGCUAAUUGCUAUGGAAAUGAGAUUCAUCUGUCACAUUGCCCCCUGACACUGCUGGGACCUCCUGAUCUGCACACCAGUGAUGCAGCUGUAUUAUGUACAGGUUACUUUUCUGUAAGGAUUGUGAACGGAACAAGCCAAACAGCUGGGAAUGUUGAAAUAUCCUAUGGUAAUACAAGGGGCUCUAUAUCAACAGAAGGAUGGGAUAUAUACGAUGCAAAUGUUGUAUGCCGAUCAGAAAGACAUGGAUUUGCAUUGGCAGCUGUUACGGACUCUAGAUUUGGUGCGAUUUUCAGUUCAAUGUGGUUUAAAGACAUCCAGUGUUCAGGAGCAGAGUACAGUCUGUCCUCAUGCAGUGGUAAAACCAUGCCAAACAACAUUAAUUCUUCUUCUGCUACUGCGGCAGUUAUUUGUUCAUCAGAUCAACUGAUUGUCAGACUGGUUAAUGGAACUGACCGUUGCAAUGGAAUAUUGGAAGUCAAUCGAUUCUCCAGUUGGGAACCUGCCUGCAGUAAUGACUGGUAUUCUGACAUUGCCGAUGCAGUUUGUAACGAGUUGUACUGUGGCAAAGCUUCAUCUAUACAGACCAACAAUAGCAGCGGAUAUGGCCAGGAAGGCGUUUGGCUGAAUUAUGUUGAAUGUUAUACACAAGUGCCUUCUUUGUCAGAAUGCUCAAGUCUGCCAUGGAAUACUUCUUUCUGUGACUCCGCACAUCAAGUCCACAUAACAUGUUCAGGUCAGCCAUUUUUGUAUGGUGUGAAGUUGUCAGGAUUUCCAGUUGAGCCUUAUGAUUAUUACGAAGGCUUUUCAUAUCAGUCAGCUCCUUGUUCAUCAGAAAUUAAAAUGCCUUUAUUCACUGAACAAAAUACUUAUGUAAAUGCUUUUGUUGUUAACUUGGAUAUUGAAGAUGCAAAUACUGUGUGCAGACAGAGGAGAUGUGGAUCGGCCACUGCAGUACUUACACAUCUUGAAUAUGGACGGAAAUCUGCAUCAAUAUCAUUCCAGUGUACUGGACAUGAGAUGUCCUUAUCUAGCUGCCCUUUCUUGGUAUUUAAUUCAAAUGGAAGUCAGUAUUGGAAUUAUGCAACUGUGAUAUGUUCAGAUCCUGUUAACAUAUAUAGAUAUAUGUAUAUCCCCCCAUUGUGUAUCAGCAUUAUUGUUCUUCUCCUGGUGGUAAUUUUUGUACCAGAAUGGAGAUGUCGAACCAGAUAUGCUGGAGUUCCUGAGAAAUAUUGACUGUUCGGAAAUGAUCCUGCAAUGAUGUCCUGAUAUCCUAAGCAAUGCCCUCAUUCAUAUUUUGCAUCCCUUGACUUUUUUUAUGCAUAGGACUUCCAAACAUUUUACAUUGAAUAAAACCAUAAUAUCAGUUUUAUGCAUGUAUAUGAAUCACCUUCUGUUGCUCGUUCCAUAUAAUGAUAUAAUGACUACCAUCAUCGCCUUUCUUAUUUAACUGUCCUACAGCCAGAUGACAAUUUGUGGUCUAGCAUAACAGGAAAUUGUGUUCUGCAGAGGGGAUGGAAUGUGAACCACAUAUUGUUGCAUCUGUUUAAGGGAUAUGACAUCUUCCUGUAACGUUUAUGUACUAUCACAACUUAUCGCCAUCACAUAGGUGUAAUACACUGAAAUACAUCCACAUUUCAGGCCUGUAAAUUGGCUGACAGUUUGAUCCAUAAGAAGUGGAACUGCUAAAACUGUGUUCUGAGCACAUUAUGAAAGCUUAAGGUAUAUAUAAACUGCUAUAUUUCACAAUACGUAUUAUAUAGGACUGGCACUGCAUUUGGUGUGAUGUUAAAUGGAUUCAGUAACACACCCCAUAAUGAGUCUUAAAGUUAAAUCUUUCCCUUUGCUGAAGGACAAGGCAUCACACUGUACUGCUGGGGGUAUUGGUUUGGUUAGCAGUUGUAGGGACUAAAAGACAUCACUAGGGAACAGUAUAGGAACAGAGUCUCAGCUCAUCCUUUGAAACUACUCUUAACUUAUGUAGUAUCCUUAAUAACCACUGUUCUCUUACUUAGGUUGAAGAGAUUGACACAGCUGGAUGAUUUUUAUUGGGUCACAGUGUGCAUUAUUAACUGCUAGUCAUCCAUCUAGCAUGUAGAUGGCAUAGAGGUAAUAGCACAGUUACUGAGAGAAGGUCCAAGAAUUAAUUACAUUUUGCCAUUAUUACAAUUUUGUCUGUUUGGAUUCCCUGUUUACAACUCAGAGUGACAGGUUCUGGGACACACCAUGCUUCCCUUUAUGGAAUUGUCUUAAUGAGUGCUGUCGAGAAGGACUUUAUAUACCUAAUGGGUUUCUUUCAAUCAAAAGUGUAUGCAGUAUUUGAUUGUGAAGAUUCUGAAUGGGAAUCUAAGGAAUUCUUGCUAACCUUUAAUUAACAUACGUUUGAUUAUUGGUAUAAUCCUUGAGAAGUACAUUGGUACAAACUUAAUAUUUUAUAAAGGAAAUCAAGUUUUAAUGCCACUAGCCAUCACCCCCCACCAUUUAAUUCAUUUGUUGCCCUGUGAUGAUUUGUAUAGGGCACAAAUUAAUAUUACAUUUUCUGUUGACCAUGCUAAACUACAUUUUACAGGGAUAUUUCUAGUAAGGGGAUAUGAUAUAAUGUAUUGGACAUAGCAUUUUCAUUUCUGAGUAAAUACCUUACAAAAACAGACACAAAAGUAUAGAACCCUUGGGGAGACAACUGAAUCUUUCUCACUACAAGCACAAAACAAUGAAAAAAAAAUAUUUUGUGACCAAUUUUUAUGACAUCUCUCCUGUUUUGAGGAAGUUUGUUCUGGCACCCCUGUACCUAUCCAUGCCAGGUCUACCAGCUGGUCACCCUCUCCCCCGGACUUAAUCUGGUAUUGUUGGAGCUGGUUGAGGAGUGAGGCAUCCAGGGGCUCAGCACAUCUGUACAUGCAUUCAUCCAGUUGAAGUUUUAUUUUUUUCCCUUAUGACAUACUUGUUUUCUGUUCUCCCUUGUGAACCUAGUCACUUUGUCCAAGGGGAAGGGGGGGGCAGGAGUGCAAUGGAGACAUGAGGUGUAUUGCCCUUCCUCCACAGCCGCUCAGGUAUAUCUCCAAUUUAUACCCCUCUUAGGUACACCUACUAGUGUGUCUUCCCCAGCUUCCACAAAGAUAACAGUGCAGAUAGAGAUUUGAAUAACAAAUUGGGUGACAAGCCAUGCAUUGCUUAUAGGAGAGCAAUGUCACUUAAAAAUUAUCUAGAAAAUAAUAAAUCUUUGAGGAGCAGGGUUAAUACAGAGAAGUAGACAUAUGUUCAAAUGUGGGUGCUGCUCAAUGUGUGCAUAUAUUUUAGUAAAGAAUUGUUUUCAAAUUAGAAAUGUGACAUAUAAUCUAAGAGGGAAAUACUCUUGUGACAGCAAGAAUGUGGUUUAUUUGGCACAAUGCUAAGACUGCCUAGCAUUUUAUAAAGGAAUGACAUCAAGAAAAUUAAAAGAAUGAAUUUACGAGCAUAUGGCAGACAUUUGUAAGCGUAAGGUAACUAAUGCCUUAUGUAAACACAUAGAUAAAGAAACUACACAUAGAUUUGUUUUUUUAGUCAUUGAACAAGUGCAAAAAGAUUUGUAGGGUGUACUCGUGGAAGAGCAUUUAUGUACAUGUGAAUUAGAGUGGCGACUUAGAUUGGAGGCGACUAACUUCCCUGGGCUCAAUGAAGCAUGUUCUAUUAACUCUGUCUUGAAAGUAAAACAUUUUGUAUUGUAAUUAGUUAAUUAUUCAAAUUUUACAACUGGGUGAUUUAAUCAUGUGGUAUUUUUUUUAGUAUUUUAAAAGUGAUUUUUUUUUAAUAAUUCUUUUUUCUGUUGAAGUUCCAGAAUUGUGGAAGGAAAGUGCUUAACUAUUGAUUAAUAAUAGAUCAUGAUGACUGGUAUCACAGAGUUCUGUGCAGCAAGCAAUUGUUUUUUUUUAAUCAGUGUGUCGUGUUGCUUGCUACUGUUUUUAGUGGUUUCAUUAGACACUGUAGGUGCCCAAAGGUCCACCCAUCCAGACCAGGAUGGUAACACCUAACCCCCCUACCAUUCCCCUCAGUCGCCUGAGCAGCUAAUCGAAGCAGGGUUACCUUGUCAUAGUCAGGGCUUUAUCUCUCUAUUCCACUGGAGUGGCAGAAAUAGGAAUGAUUUGCCACAAAAGGUGGGGAUAUGGGUGACAAGCUUAUAUCAAGUGUAUUUUGCUCAAGGCAUGAGGUUUGUGAUAGAAAGGGCACGGUUACUUCUUGUAAAUAUUAAAUCUGUUCCUGUCUGAAAAAUCUUAAUGUUUUAAUGUUUUUUUCCAGAAUAUUUAGAAAUCACUAUUUUACUUGCAAUUAAGUAACUGUAGUUUAUGUCAUUUGAUGUUGAUGUUUACCAAAAAAAUGGUAUGUAGGACAAACACUGCAAAAUGUCAAAUCAAAGGUGCUUGAACAUCUGAAGAAUAUUAAAAGGGGAAUCUAUUCUGGUCCUGUUGCCAAACAUUACAGACAGAGAGAGAGAGAGAGAAAGAGAAAGAUACAGAUUACACUGAAUCCGCAAGUCUUGAUUACCCCCUCCUCCAAUCCAUCCUUAUAUUGGGGGUAAAGUUUGCUACUGAGUUUUGAAGUACAACUCACUGAAGUAGAAAAUAUUAGGUAUCAUUGGUUUUAAUUUCAGACGUGCUGGUUUACUGUCAUAUAAUGUGUGUUGUUUAUUAUACUGACAAUAGUUAUUUCUUGAAAGUACAUAAAUCACGUUCAUGAUAAAGGCUUAAGUUCUUGUAUUGUAAUUAAGAACUAAUUGUGUCAAUUACACAUUUAAAAGAAAAGUAUAUGUUGAUUGACUGAUGUCACUUUACUUUUAAAUUGUAAGUGGGGUUUUAUUCUUUUGGGCUCCUUCUAAAGAAAAAUGCCAAGGCAUUAAAAACAUUUAUUAAUAAAAUAACGGAAUCAUGAAUUUU